GUAUCAUAAAUAUGAACCUUGGUCAACCUCACCUCAAAAUGUAUGUAUACCUUAUCCUUAACUGUCAAAAGGAUAUGACAACGUCUGUCAUUCGAAAACGGAAUCAGAAAUAAACAAGUCGGAAAAACCUUGCUCCGUAAAAAACUCGUUUGGAAUAAAACCUUAGUUUACAUCUCAGAAGUGGGAUUAAUCUACAAGUAUGCCUACAACAGAAGAAAUAAAAUGGUCAUUAGACGCAGCUGGUAUUGACUACCCAGAGACGGCAAAGGCGACGCAACUACGACAAUUGUUAGCAGACAACGUGAAGAAGACAACAAGUCAGGAAAUGGCGGCUGAUAAAACACGUGGAGAUGGUGAUGACAUAACCUCAAAUGACGAAGCCGCUGCUAUAGCCUCACUCGAAAUGAAAGUAAAACGCCUGGAGCUAGAAAAAAAACUUUUAUCUUUAGAAGAAGAAAUAGCUGAGCUUCAACCAACUCACCUUAAACCAAUAUCGAUGAAUACUAUUCAAUAUAUAGAAACAAUAGUGCCAAAGUUCACCGGAGAAGGCGAUGAAGAUGUGUGUGCUUGGAUUCGUUCCCUUGAGGACAUUUUCGUUAUGACAAACGUCCCAGAGCCUCAAAAACUGCCGCUUUUGCGUCGAUCGUUAACGAGCACAGCUGUUUUAUUGGCACAAACUACUAAAUCAAAAAAUUACGAGGAGUUGAAGGGCGAAUUGCUAAAAGAAUUUAACAACAAGCCUUCUAAAGAAGUCAUCUAUAAAAAUCUUAGAGCACGCCAUCUGAACGCUAACGAAACAACGCUUAGAUAUUUGUUAGACAUGCAACACAUUGCAGCGGCAGCUUCAAUUCCGGAAAACGAACUGGUGCAUAUCAUCAUUGACGGUCUCGGUGACCCCAUACAUACUGCAUCCAUGCGAUUCAUGGCAAAAUCGAUCGAGACGCUGAAACCUCUAUUGAAAGAGUAUGAAUAUAUACGAACACGUGUACAGACAACGGUCCAGAAAUCGUCUGUUCAACAACCACGAGUCCAGAUUGCGCGAGCUGAACCAAACCAGUCGACUCCCAGAUGCCUUAAUUGCCGGAAAUAUGGACAUUCGGAAAACUUCUGCCGCAUGCCGAUUCGACUUCCGGGGUCCUGUUUCAAGUGCGGUCAGACUGAUCAUGUCUAUCGAAAUUGUCCUCAACGGGUUCAGCAGAUUGCCGUUACUACAAAUGGUCCUGAACAUCUAGAAACAACGCCUGUGACGGAACCAGUUUUUACUCUUAACGCCAACCAAGAGCCCUAAAAGCUUCGUGAAUGAAAACGUUCUCCCUAAAUCUCUUGUUGGAGAACCUAGGACGUCCAUGUUGCGAGGAAUAGGAGGCCCAAAUUUAUUAACGUUAGGAUUUGUGGAGAUGCGAGUACAACUUGCCAAGACCACGAUACGUCACACCUUUAUCGUCCUUCCAAAAAUAUACAUGGAAUGGCCAAUGAUUCUUGGUAGAGAUGCAUUAUCCAAGUUAAAUAUUCAACUCAAUCAGAUACAAAAUACGUACACUAUAAACACUUUAUUGAACAUGAAUAAUAUGAAAAAGCUGCCUUUAAUAAAAACGAAUUUAUAUCAAAAGCUCCAUACACUUGACAUUGUAAAGAGGUCAGUCGCACGUCGGGAGGGAGAUUGCUCAUUUUCUGCUUUAGCUCAUGAGUCGAUCGAUGUGUUUACCGAUACAUUUUCUUCUUUGUGUAUGAUAGAUGUUGUUGAUCAAACAAAUCCCAUUGAUAUUGGUAAAAACCUUACAAAAUACCAAAGUGAAGCUGUAAUUGAAUCGAUAACAAAAAAUUAUUUAGAGUUUCCUACAAAUGAAAUCGUACCCUCAACUUAUACUAUGAAAAUAAAUCUCUUACAUGACACUCCUAUUUCUACCAAACCAAGACGGUUGUCAUUUGCUGAAAGAGAAAAGGUAAAAGUAAUAGUAAAGGACCUGCUAGAAAAAAAUAUCAUACGCCCAAGUAACUCACCAUACGCGUCUGCCUUAGUCCUGGUUCGAAAGAAAAAUGGCGAAGUUAGAAAAUGUGUUGAUUACAGACCAUUAAAUAAAGUAACAGUUCGUGAUAAUUUUCCAUUGCCUCUUAUAGACACCUGCCUAGAACAUUUGGGACAUAAACAAUACUUUACGUUACUAGACCUCAAAAGCGGAUUUCAUCAGUUAGUUAUGGAUGAAGAAUCGAUUAAAUAUACGGCGUUCGUUACACCUGAUGGGCAGUACGAAUAUACCCGCAUGCCCUUCGGAUUUAAAAAUGCUCCGGCUGAGUUCCAACGCUUUAUUAAUUCGGUACUUAGAGAAUUUAUAGAACGAGGGGAAUUGGUAGUGUAUAUAGACGACAUUUUGAUUGCUUCAAAAGAUUUUGACCAACAUCUUGAACUGAUCGGACAAGUGUUAAACGCGAUACGCAAAAAUGGUUUGGAGUUACGACUGGACAAAUGCAAAUUUGCCCAAAGGGAACUAGAAUACCUUGGUUACAAUGCAAACUGUUUAGGAAUACGUCCGAGUGAACAUCAUAUUAAAUCAAUUAAAAACUACCCCUUUCCUCGUAGCAAGAAACAAGUUCAACAGUGCUUAGGCUUAUUUUCAUUUUUUCGGCGGUUCGUUCCAUCUUUUUCAAGUAUUGCAAAACCACUAACAAACUUAUUAAAAGAAACAGUACCAUUUGAGUUUACUAAUGAAUGCAUUCAAUCAUUCGAAACCUUACGAAAUAAACUUAUUCAAUCACCUGUGCUGUCAAUUUACGACCCUAGUAGAGAAACCGAACUACAUUGCGAUGCAAGUUCUACUGGUUUUGGAUCGGUUUUACUACAAAAACAAGAUGAUGAUAAGUUUCACCCAAUUGCUUACUUUUCAAAAACAACAUCGGACGAUGAAUCCAAAUUACAUAGUUAUGAGCUGGAGACACUUUCAGUAAUUUACGCACUCAAAAGAUUUCACACUUACGUCCAUG